UUAGGUUUGGACAGGAACACCCAUGACGGUCAACUUGAAGUUACAGCUAUGCGUUGCAUGCAGUACCGUAUAGUCAUGCAGUGAAUGUAAAUAGUAUAUCAGCUAUUCCUCGUUGCAAGGACCAUCCAUCAUGACCAGAAAAGCCAAAAAAAAACUGCAGCUGCACAUGCUCGAGCUUUCCGUCACAAGCAAGAAGCACCAUCCAGCGGAACUUAUCCUAACCAAGCUAGUACCAACUCAGUACUCACCGGUGAUCCCAUUUUUCCCCAUUCGUUAUCACCGUACUCCCGAGUCUUCGCAGAUCUAGACACAGGUGGGCCCGGAAACCAGUCAUCUUCCCAGCCUGCCCCCCAACCUCCGCAGGCUGUUCUGUUCAUCAUGUCUGACAACCCAUCAUUCGUGCUCAAGGGCAUCCUGGAUGUUGAGAUCCAGCAAAAGCCCGUUCCAGAGAUUGACGCCAAUGAGGUCCUCGUGGAAGUGAAGAAGACUGGAAUUUGUGGCACAGACGUGCACUUUCUUGUCCAUGGAAGGGUCGGUGAUUUUAUUGUAGAGAAACCUAUGGUGCUAGGUCACGAGUCAGCAGGCGUGGUCUCGAAAGUUGGUCCCAGCGUGACCAAUGUCAAAGUGGGUGACCGAGUGGCUAUGGAACCUGCCGCAACAUGCCGCAAGUGCGAAGCUUGCAAGGAGGGUCGCUACCAGAUUUGCCCCGACAUUGUCUGUGCUGCUACUCCUCCUACAGACGGCACUCUCGCCCGUUACUACCGCCUCCCGUCUGAUCUCGCUUACCCACUUCCACCAAACCUCAGUCUCGAGGAUGGAGCAAUGAUGGAACCUCUUUCUGUGGCAGUCCAUGCUGUCUCGACACUCGGUGCUUUGCGGUCAAACCAGUCUGUCGCCAUCUUUGGUUGUGGACCGGUUGGACUUUUGUGCAUGGCCGUCGCGAAAGCUCUGGGCGCUUCCCGCAUUAUUGCUGUUGAUAUCAUUGCUGACCGCCUCGAAUUUGCCAAAGCAUACGCUGCAACCGACAUCUUCUUACCUCCUUCUAUGGAUAAGGGCGAGUCGAGGGUCGGGUUCUCGAUGCGUAAUGCCCAGGCAAUGAAAGAGAAGCUCUGCAUCGCUGAGCAUGGACCUCGGGCAAUCGACUUGGUUUUGGAUGCUUCUGGCGCAGAGGUCUGUAUUCAGACAGGUAUCCGGAUUGCCAAGAGUGGUGGUACCUUCGUCCAAGUCGGCAUAGAUAACCCCGAUGUCACCAUUGACAUGUUUGCUGUCCUUUGCAAGGAGCUUGUCCUCAAGGGUUCCUUCCGAUAUGGACCUGGCGACUACCCUCUCGCCAUCGCCCUUGUUGCGUCAGGCAAGGUCGACCUCAAAUCCCUGGUGUCGCACCGUUUCCCAUUCACGCAGGCAGGUGAAGCAUUUGAAAUCACUCGCAACGGCAAGAGUCCCGAUGGCAAGGGGGUCAUCAAGAUCAUGAUCUCCGGCCCUGACGUCGACAUCAACGAGGUUUGAAAACCACAGGAUUUAUCACGGACGGCACGCCCAGGCGGAUUUUCUGUUGUUGUGUUGUUGUUUUGAUCGCAUUGAAAGUGGAUCCAAGG